AACCACUUAUUGGGAAGAGCUUGUUUCUGUCUUCUGGAGGGUGAUAAAAUGGAUCAAGCUGAUGCACAGUUUCAUUUUGUGCUCAACCAGUCUCCAAAUAAUAUUCCAGCCCUUCUUGGUAAGGCAUGCAUCUCAUUCAACAAGAAAGACUAUAGAGGGGCCCUUGCCUACUACAAAAAGGCACUACGCACUAACCCAGGUUGUCCAGCUGAGGUUCGGCUGGGCAUGGGCCAUUGCUUUGUAAAACUGAACAAGCUGGAGAAAGCUCGCCUUGCAUUCAGCCGGGCACUGGAACUCAAUUCCAAAUGUGUUGGGGCUUUAGUUGGAUUGGCUGUUCUGGAACUCAAUAAUAAAGAGGCGGAUUCCAUAAAAAAUGGCGUCCAGCUGCUUUCUAGAGCAUAUACAAUUGAUCCUAGUAACCCUAUGGUGCUGAACCACUUGGCUAAUCACUUCUUCUUCAAAAAGGAUUAUGGCAAAGUCCAGCACUUAGCUCUUCAUGCUUUCCAUAAUACAGAAGUUGAAGCAAUGCAGGCUGAGAGUUGCUACCAGUUAGCCAGGUCUUUCCAUGUUCAGGAAGAUUAUGAUCAGGCUUUCCAGUACUACUACCAAGCAACACAGUUUGCUUCCUCUUCUUUUGUGCUACCAUUUUUUGGACUUGGUCAAAUGUAUAUUUAUAGAGGAGACAAGGAAAAUGCAUCACAGUGUUUUGAAAAGGUUUUGAAGGCCUACCCUAACAAUUAUGAGACUAUGAAAAUUCUUGGAUCUCUCUAUGCUGCUUCAGAAGAUCAAGACAAACGAGAUAUUGCGAAGGGUCAUUUGAAGAAGGUGACAGAACAGUACCCAGAUGAUGUAGAAGCCUGGAUUGAGCUAGCCCAAAUCCUAGAGCAGACAGAUAUACAGGGUGCUCUUUCUGCUUAUGGUACGGCAACACGAAUCCUUCAGGAGAAAGUUCAAGCUGAUGUUCCUCCAGAGAUCUUGAAUAAUGUGGGUGCUCUCCACUUUAGACUUGGAAACUUAGGAGAAGCAAAGAAAUAUUUCUUGGCAUCUCUUGACCGUGCUAAAGCAGAAGCUGAACAUGAUGAGCAUUACUACAAUGCUAUCUCAGUGACUACAUCCUACAACCUUGCCAGAUUAUAUGAAGCAAUGUGUGAAUUCCAUGAAGCAGAGAAAUUAUACAAAAACAUCCUAAGGGAACAUCCUAACUAUGUCGACUGCUAUCUGCGCUUAGGAGCAAUGGCUAGAGAUAAAGGAAACUUUUAUGAAGCUUCUGACUGGUUUAAAGAAGCACUUCAAAUCAACCAGGACCAUCCAGAUGCUUGGUCCUUAAUUGGCAAUCUUCACUUGGCCAAACAAGAGUGGGGUCCAGGACAGAAGAAAUUUGAAAGAAUAUUGAAGCAGCCAUCGACUCAGAAUGACACUUACUCUAUGCUGGCUCUGGGCAAUGUGUGGUUGCAGACUCUGCACCAGCCCACCAGGGACAGAGAGAAGGAAAAGCGUCAUCAAGAUCGUGCACUAGCCAUCUACAAACAAGUACUCAGGAAUGAUUCCAAAAACCUGUAUGCUGCUAAUGGCAUAGGAGCGGUACUGGCACACAAAGGAUAUUUCCGUGAGGCUCGUGAUGUUUUUGCCCAAGUGAGAGAGGCAACAGCAGAUAUCAGUGAUGUGUGGCUCAAUCUAGCACACAUUUAUGUGGAACAGAAGCAGUACAUCAGUGCUGUACAGAUGUAUGAAAACUGCCUAAGAAAAUUCUAUAAGCACCAGAACACGGAGGUGCUGUUGUAUUUGGCCCGAGCUCUCUUCAAAUGUGGCAAAUUACAAGAAUGCAAGCAAACAUUGCUGAAGGCUAGACAUGUGGCACCCAGUGAUACAGUUCUAAUGUUCAAUGUGGCCUUGGUGCUGCAGAGGCUGGCUACCUCUGUCCUGAAAGAUGAAAAAAGUAACCUGAAGGAAGUACUCAAUGCUGUGAAAGAGCUGGAGCUGGCUCACAGAUACUUCAGUUACUUGAGCAAAGUGGGAGAUAAAAUGAGAUUUGAUUUGGCACUUGCUGCAACUGAAGCCAGGCAGUGUUCUGAUUUGCUGAGUCAGGCUCAGUAUCAUGUGGCUCGGGCUCGUAAGCAGGACGAAGAAGAGCGGGAGCUGCGAGCGAAACAAGAGCAAGAAAAAGAACUACUGCGCCAGAAGUUGCUCAAAGAACAGGAAGAAAAACGCCUCAGGGAAAUAGAAGAACAAAAGAAACUUUUGGAACAGAGAGCACAGUAUGUGGAGAAGACCAAGAAUAUUCUGAUGUUCACUGGAGAAGUUGAAGUAUCUAAGGAGAAAAAACGUGGUGGAGCUGGCCGGCGUUCCAAACGUACUGGGGAAUUUGAUGAAUUUGUCAAUGAUGACAGUGAUGAAGAUCUCCCAGUGUCUAGAAAGAAAAAGAGGAGAAAGGGUAGCGGUAGUGAACAAGAUGGUGAGGAAGAAGAGGGGGAGAGAAAGAAAAAGAAGCGACGAAAACCCCAAAAGGCAGGUGAUGGUACUGAUGAUGAUGAAAAUGAAAGUGCACCCAGACCUAAAAAACGUCGCCCAGCAAAGACUGAAAGGAAAAAAGCACCAAAGCCAGAACGACUGCCUCCUUCAAUGAAGGGUAAAAUCAAAUCUAAAGCCAUCAUUUCAUCAAGCGAAGACUCAUCUGAUGAAGAUAAGCUCAAGAUUGCUGAUGAUGGGAAUGCCAGGAACAGCAACAGUGAUUCAGAUGAUGCAGAGCAACCACGCAACAAACGCGUCAUGUCUGACAGUGAUUCGGACAAUAGCAAUAAGUCUGGCAGUGAAGGGGGCAGUCCCAGGCGAUCCAGCGCCCGCCCUUCUGAUGAAGAUUCAGACAGUGAUGGGUCAGCAAGAAAGAGGAGGCGAUCCGAAUCUGAGCAGUCUGACAACGAAUCUGUGCGCUCAGGGAGAAGUCCGUCUGUGCGCUCGGGGAGAAGUCCGUCUGUGCACUCAGGGAGAAGUCAGUCUGUGCAGUCAGGGAGAAGCCACUCAGGUGGUUCUGAGAAUGAAUCUCGCCCAGCUUCUCACAGUGCUGAUUCUGACAGAGAUUCUGACAGAGCAUCUGAUCAUGGGGGCUCAGGUAACGAGUCUGAGCCAGAGGCAUCCAACAAUGAAGGAUCUGAACGCGGCUCGUACGGCGGAUCAGAUGACAGUGAUUAGAUUUCAGUUGCAACCUCUUUAUUAACUGCUUUGUAAAUAUAUUUUGGUUCGAGAGGGUGAGGGGAAGAGGAGGGUAUCCAUAUUUUAUAUUUGAAAACUGUGAUUUAAAAACCUGGACAGCUAUGUUUUAGGGAAAAGUAUAUAUUAAAAAAGCUGAAACAUUUCCUAUAACAUUUUUUCUACUUGCUAGGGUUCAUCUACAGUAUCUAAUUUAAUUCUGUACUUUGAGGUCAAUGUGCUGUAUUGGGGGUUAAGAAGCUUACUUUAUCAGAGUGCACAUAAGAUCUGAAGAAACAAAAUACCAAGAUAGUUAUCCUGCAUCCAGAUACGUUUGCUUAAGACCUUCUGGAACAAAUGGUACUUAAGCAAAUUUAACUGAGUGGAAGGCGGUAGCUCAUGCUGUCUUGCCUGGUCUGA